CUGCAGCAGCAACAGCAGCAGAAGCAUAAUCAGCAACUGCAGCAGCAACAACAGAAAGCCACAAACAGUUGUCAUCAUUGUUGAUUGUGUUGCGGGUCGACAUUCUAAGUCGACGACUUGAUGGAGAAGGCUGUGCUUAAUAUAUAAUUGACGUAACGUGUAAUGCACAUCACCAGUUUGUGGUGAAAAUCUCGACUGGCCAACAAAAUGGACAACUUCAUCAACAAUCAUAGUCUGCGUGACAUUAACAGUACAACAAUGCCACACAUUCAAGCUGGCGGCGUCUCUAUGGAUAAUUUCUAUCCGGCUUUGGUGCAGUGUUUUGGCAUUAUAAUCUGUGGCUAUUUAGCCGGUCGCUUUGGGAUAGUUACCAAUGCCGAAACGAAAGGAUUGGGAACAUUUGUGAGCACCUUUGCCCUGCCCUCGCUCAUCUUUCUCUCAAUGGUGGAGCUCAACUGGACUAACGUCAAUUGGAGCUUUUUGCUUGCCAUGUUCAUCUCCAAGUCCGUCGUAUUCUUUGCUGUGCUCAUCAUUUGUCUGCUGGUGGCCCGACCUUUGAACUAUGCCCGAGCAGGCUUGCUGGCCAUGUUUUGUACUCAGAGUAACGAUUUUGCCAUUGGUUAUCCCAUAGUGAUGGCUCUUUACAAAGAUGUGCAUCCGGAGUAUGCCUCAUAUUUGUAUGUCAUGGCACCCAUUUCAUUUGCCAUUCUCAAUCCCAUUGGCCUAGCUUUCAUGGAGAUUAGCAAGAAUAUCAGGAACAAGGAGGAGCUCAGUCGCAAUCCACCACUCUGCUCCGCCGAGUCGAUGCGCCAGCAACGUUAUUGCCUCGGCGAGCGAACAAUGUUCGUAUGGAACACGUUUAAAUCGCUGUUCCUUAAUCCGCUGGUGCUGAUGACGCUGCUCGGCAUCGGACUGGCUUUCGUGUUCCCCAAGGGACUGCCUGCGAUGGUGGCCAGUGUGCUUCGGGUCUUUGGACAGAGCUUUGCGGCGCCGGCCCUUUUUCUGUCCGGACUCAAGAUUAUCAGUAGCGGCUCUGGUUCACAGCGCAAUUCAUUGGGCAUAUUGUUGCCAUGUGUACUCAUGUUGGUCAAGAUCUUCGUGUUGCCUCUGGUCUGUCGCCAGGCUGUGUAUACAUUUGGUGCUGGGGCUACCAUUGAUGCGACAACUGAGCUGAGCACCUUUGGCUUUCUCUACGGCACUUUUCCGACGGCUCUCGCCGUCUUUGUAUAUGCGACCCAAUACAACGUGGAAGUGGAACUGAUUGCUCGCAGCCUGGUUUUGUGCACCUUCGUCUCGGCGCCAGUUAUGUUUAUCUCAGCCAAAAUGAUAUCGUUGUCCAAUCCCAAGCCCGUUGACCCUGUCCAUGAGCUGGAUGCGUUCUCCUUUGAUAUUAGCAUUGCUGGUGCCGCCGCCUGUUGCUGGAUGUUGGCGUUGUUGAUUGUGACCAAGAGAUUUAAGCGCAUGCCCCAAAGAAUUACCUUCUGCAUGGUCUUGUCGCAGUUAACAUGUUGCAUUGGCGUCAUACUCUGGUCGAAACUGGAUCAAGCGAAACGUUGGUCUUUGUAUUUGCAAUUCUUGGGCGAUUGCAGCUCACGUUUGUGGACGGCCUUUUUGGCCAUAACGCUGCUCUUCCUACAGUGUCGCAGCUUGAGUUUUGUGCAAAAGCUCUGGCCGUAUAUGCUGAUCUUUGCCUGGGGCCUGCCAGGGCUCGCCUCCAGCCUGCUGAUUGCAUACUUGCCCCUGCCCAGCAAGAAAAAAAAUCGUAGAUUUCAAUAUGGCAGAGUGCAGAAAACAAUUGUAGUCUUCGUACUCGUAAUAUGCUUUACAGUGACUGUCUGGUGCUUAGUGCUGCAUCAACGCUACAAGAAGCGCUAUGGAAAUAACCAGACCACUUCGCCCAAUUUGCCGGCCAACACAGAUGGUUCCUCCAGUUCCUAUUUGCCCUUAUCGGAUGAUGACGAGAUGAUAACCACGACUGAUGUGCCGGAUACCCGGUCAAGUUCAAGUUCAGGCAAUUGUAGUGAUUCCAGUUCAAUUGUAACCCAGCCUGCAACAUCUACGUCGGGCAUAAGUAUGGAGGAUCUGGAUAAAAUUGAGAGCGUGCCUGCCACAGAAUUAAGAAUCAAUUUUAAAACAGAACGUAUUAUUUACAAUCAUUUAAUAUCUGGCUGGAAUAGUUCAUAUGACUUCAAUGAGGAGCAGAGGGAGCACAGAGUGUCUCAGCCAUUGGAGCCUUUAGAGUCAUUGGAGAAUACGACCGAUGAGAAUCAGAAAUCGAGGCACAUUGUCCUGCUAAUCAUACUGCUGUGCUCAAUGUUUGUCGGUCUUGCCGUGUCCAUUUGGACGUUAGUCGUGGAGUGUCUUUCAGGCAUCUUUUUUGAAUUGAGUUUUCUCGAUGUGUUUCUCAACUUUGGCCAAGGUUUGAUUGUCCUAGCGGUUUUCAUAGGCGACACGGUCGAUCUACUGAUGCCAUUUUGGCAUAAAAUAUGGUAUGGCGCCAAUGUUGUCAGUCUGCCCCACUGGUCGAAUCUGCGUCCCGAGACAAAACAGAUAUGCGAACAAUUUCGCAAUCAUCAUUUGGAGAACUGCAAAAAGGAUAUUGCCAAGGACAGAAGAUGGCGCAUUCGAGUCUACCGCAAGGUCUUUUAUGGCAGCGAGUUUGUCAGCUGGCUUAUUGAGGUCGGUCUCUCCAAGGAUCGCAUGGAGGCUGUGCAUUAUGCACGACAUCUAGUUGAUGGUCGCGUGCUGCGACACAUUAACAACGUUUAUCACUUCGAGGAUAAACAAUUGCUUUAUAACUUCUGUAGUCGCAUCUAGGCGACAAGAGCAGACAGAUGGAAAAUGCAAAGUUUUUAUGUUUAAGUGGGAAUCUUGUAAUUUGUGUGCUGUGAUUGUAUGCACACACACACACACACACAUCCCCCCACACACACACACACUUGCCAACAGCCAAAUAGGGGUGGGUGUGGUGUGUGUUUGUGACUGGCUGCGUGUCUAUAAAUGUAUACAUGGACUUUGUUUAUUGUUUAUUCAUGAAAGCGAUGCAAAUGCUUUGACAUAUGUAUAUGUUUAUUCGAUAAGUAGAUGAAGAUGCAAAAUGAAUGCGCAUAAAACGUGUUUAAUAUAAACAUAUAAACAAUUAAGCACAUUCAUCAAUAAAUUGUUACAUAUAGCUUAUGGUGUAAGGCGCCAAAAAUAAAACAUUACGAAUGCA